CGACGCUCAAGCGGAAGCAGCGGAACCAUUUUGAAAUACGGCACCGUUUAGCGCCAUGGACAAAAGCCACACAGUGAAGCUCUUUGUGGGCAACCUGGCACUGGACACCACCCAGGAGGAGCUGUCCGCCAUCUUCGAACCGUACGGCCAGGUGGUCAGCUGCAGCGUGCUGCGGCAGUUUGCCUUUGUGCAUCUGCAGGGUGAGGGGGCCGCGGAGCGCGCCAUCCGGGAGCUCAAUGGCCGAGAGUUUCGGGGCCGGAAUUUGGUGGUGGAGGAAUCCAGGGGACGACCCCUGCACUCCACGAAGGUCUUUGUGGGGAACCUGAGUGGCAUGUGCACCACUGAGGACCUCCAGCAGCUCUUCCAGACCUUUGGGAAAGUUCUCGAGUGUGACAAAGUUAAAGGCUACGCCUUUGUUCACAUGGAAAACAAAGAAGAUGCACUUCAGGCCAUUGAGGCCCUGCACGGCACCUCGUUCAAAGGCCGGCCCUUAUCUGUAGAGCUGUCAAAGGUCCAGCCCAGUAAGCAGACACCCACCGGGAAAAUCCCGUGCGUUAACUGCGGCAAGCAGGGCCACUACGCCGGAGAAUGCCCUGUGGGGAAGCCGUCUCUGGAGCAGUACCAGAGCCAGGCAGCGGUCCUGGCUGCAGCGGCGGCCGCUGCUGCUGGCCUGCCUCUCCAGGUCCAGCAAAGUGUCCACAAUUCAGUCUACAACACCUCCACCUUCGACCCCACGUACGCAGCUCUCACAGGGAUCACCACCGGUUCCCGUACCGAUGGAAACCCGGUUAAUCCCGCUGUUUAUGGCGCCCUCGCCAGUCAGGUGUACGGUGCCAACGUUGCUAGUCAGCUUUAUGGACAAGUGGCCAGCCAGGCAGCUCUUACAUCAGGAGCUACACAGGUGUACAGCUCGAUGACGCCCAACAUCUACGGUCAGAUGGCUGCAUCUCCAGCGGCAGCGGCGGCGGCGGCCGCUGCUGCUGCAUACAACGCUCCAGUUUACACCCCGACUAUGGGCAACCAACCCGUCUAUCUGACUGCUGCUCACGGAAUAGAAAUGCCAGCGGCGGCAGCUGCGGUCAAUCCCGCCUACACUGUAGCCUCUGCGAUCUACGGCGCCGCCACACCGGCCUACGCCCACAUCAGCGCGUUGGGAGCUGGGGACCCUGCCACGGCCAUCUUUGAGGCCGCCAGACAGGCACAUUACUUCGCCCAGGGGCAGCAGGUCGUGGCCGAGCACCAGGCGGCUGCAGUAGCCGCCGUGGCGAAGUCCGGUGAAAGGGACCGCAGCCCCCUGCGAAGGUCCACACCUUUGUUACCAGACCCUGUGAUGAAGCCAUUUAUAUACCAGAGGGCCAAACCGCGCAGACCCCUGCUCCCCACGCCAGCUGGACGUGCCGCCGAAGAGGCCGCAGAGGCCGCAGAAGACCCCAUGGCUAGGUACUACGCAGAGUACUACCAGCAGCUGCAGCAGUAUCCCCAGUUCCAGUACGCCUACCCACAAAGCACAGUGACAGCCAUCCCUGGCAUUCCGGGGGUGUCUGCAGUCCCCACGGUUCCCACCGUCCCUGCAAUGUCUGCACAGCUGGACGCCCUCAGGCCAGUGGUCCCCGCCGCUGCGGCAGUGGCAGCCGCCAUGGCCGCGCCCAGGGUGUAUGAGCCGCCGUUGCCGCCGCCCGCGCGCAAGGAGGCCAUCCUCCGCCGCCCCGAACUCUCCCUUCACACGCCUGAGCCCCCCUUCCGAUAGUCGCACUCAGCUGUCUGCCACCCCCCCCACACCAACCGCCUCCCCCUCCCUUUUUGUCCUGAACCCCCCCUUCCCCUCCAAAUCCCCUUUUCCCAACCAAACUCGACCACCUUACAGCCGCUGUAUGUGUGUGUUUGUGUGUCUGGGGACUUCCCAGUGUGCAGGCUGGAGGUUGAAACUGGGGGUUCCUUGGUUUAUUAACCUGCUUUACAAGGAAUUGAUCAGAUAACCUUGGUCCAGCUUGCAUGCACACAAUGCAGCUUGACAGAGAAACUCCCCAUCGGUUGUACGGGCAUUUGUUGUGCUUCUCAGUUUCACUUUUUGUUUUGUUUGGGGUGUUUUUUUUGUGCCAGCCUCACACUUGUGCCAGUAUUAGACUGACCCAGUCAGUCGUUUCAUAUGCCUCUCUUUCUGCAACCCAGUUAUGAUUCUUCUAAGGCCAAAUUUCCAAUAAACGACAUCAGCCAUUCUCCUUAGGCCUCGAUGAUCAGUUAGGGCAGCUAAUUUGAAACCUUUUUUGCCUUAUUUAAACAUGUUUAAAUCUGCAAUGUAAUCAGAUGAGGGUUCUGACGAACACACUUGGCGUACCGGCUGCAUUGUGCUGCGUCCAGCAGAACCAAGGUUAAUGCGUUGUGGGCGAGGGUGGGUGUUUGUCUUAGAUGUGAAGUGAAUGCUGUAUGUGUGAAUGCUUGAGACGUGCGGGCUCUUGACCGUGCAACGCACAAAUGCAGUUGCUAAGGCUGCACCUUUGCAGAAGAGAAAAAACAACACAAAACGAAAAAAAAAAAAAACAUAAAGCACACAUAUACGUACUGUAAUGUAUGUUCGGAUCUCCUUUUGACCCUCUCGUGGAAUCCCAUCCCCACCUUUUACUCUUACUCCAGCACUGAAAGACACUGCUUCCCCUCUUUCUCUGUCUUUAACUACAGCUGCCUACCUCUUCCUGUAAAUUUCAGUGUAGAUUAUGUUCCAGACAUUUCACGCAGUCAGCAGUUCCUGCUCCUCCCUAAAGAUGCAGGCUCAGCAGUUCAGCGUGGGAGGAUUUCAAUAAGUAUUGUAGAUAUUCUGUAUUAAUAUUCAUGUUCAGAGGCCUUUUUUCUUUUUUCCUUUUUUUUUUUUUUAGAGUGUAACUUUAUUAUCUAGUUUAUAUGUUAUACAAGUCAACCUGGGAUGUAAUGAAUUGUAAAUGUUUAAAAAAAUAAUUAAAUAUGUGACUACUGAAUGAGCUGUUUACAAAGGAUCUUUGCAUUGCAUCCUUUUAGAAAUCAUGAUUAUAUGUGACACGGUCGACUAUGUGCCUAUAAGCCUUGAGUGAAGUGCAUUAUGUGGAGGGAUCUCCCAUCCUUUUUUCUUUUUACGUGCUUUUGACAUGACAUUUUUCCAAGUGGGGUAAAAUAAGCCCUGUGGAGCUUAGUAUCCAGGAGGCUACAAGUAGUGAAGCUUUUUCUUGGUCUUGCAUUCCUGCAUAAGAUCAGUUUCAUAUUAAAUGGUGUUUUGUUUUUUGUUUUUUUUUCCCCUUCUUCUUCGUCUUUUGUUUCUUUCACAAACCGAGCCUCAAAGGUUCAUAGUUACCCGCUGGUUUCCAAGCAGACACAACAGUGAUAGCACCAAUGAAGUGAGAGAUGGGGCAGUGUCUUCCAGUUGCCCCAAAACGAUCAUCCUUUUUUUUAUCCUUUUUAAAUACCAAGCCGGAUUUGAAUUCUAAUUGCAAAAAUGUUUUUAUUUGUUUUAACUCAGUUUGGAUCUUCAUGGACCGGAUUUUCCACAUACAGAUGUACUUUUGGAGAAAGAUUUGUUUUCUUUUUUCCUUAAAAUGACCGAUACUUUCCAAAAUUCACCUUGUGGGACAAUCCCAUCUAUCGGGUUCUCCAAUCGCUUAAAACAAUCGGGGUUUUUUGCAACUACUCUGACAGCGGUCUGAAGCGCACACACACACAUGAAGACACUCUGAAAUCACCUUACUGCCUCAUCACCCCCCCUCCCCCCUCUUACCCUUUCCCCCCUGUGGUUUUUAGUAAUUAAGUGACUUUUGCAUCUCAUGGUGUAAUCUUUCUGUGUCGUAUAUAUACAAACACGUACCAGAUGCAUCCUUUGUAGAAUUAUGUGGUUUGCGAAAAUUGUCUUGUUUGCCAUGUAUUUUUUAGAAAAGUAUUUUACUUUAGCUUUUUUUAUAGAAAAAGAGAACAGACACGUUUAAAAAAAAAAAAAAAAAAAAAGAAUCAGCAUGCUUUUUAUUGAGAAUAUGUACACUAUAUACCUUAUUAUAAUAAAGAAUGUUUGGCUGACUACUGUGGUGAGAGAAAGCAAAGGGUUUGGACGUUUCCCCUUCUUCUUGUUUAUGUUUUUCUCCACUAUCUGUUUCUUUUGUGUAAACUGACCACCAGACCCAUUUGACUGGGGACCCAGGGGGAGACAGGUGUAGAUGCUGGCCCAGCUUUGGUCUCUUUGGUCAGGGUAAGUGGGGGUUGGAGCUCCUUCCUCUCUCCAGCUUCUCAACCCAAAAUAUAUUUGAAGGGGCUUUGCUUUUGUUGCCGUGGUUUAUUCCCCCCCCCCCCACGCCCCCCUCAACUCCUGUGAGAAAAGCUUGAAAUCGAUAUCCAUGCAUUAGAAAUAAGAAAAUAAAUGUGAAAUUGCAGUGAGAGCUGGGGAGAGGCACACAGAUGGAAUGGCCUGGAUGCAUUUUGAUCUGUGGAGCAGUUGAUGGGUGUUCGUCUGGUCUGGUCUCUUCUAGCUGCACCAAAGUCUCCUUCUCCGUGUGUCUCUAUGUUCAUUCUGCUCUCAGACCUGCAUGUGUAAUCUUGUUACUGCCGCAAACAAGAAAAAAAAAAAGAAACAAACAGAUAAAGCCCCUCCACAGUCCAGCUCUGAACUAACUAUCUCAACUGAAUUAGGUCACGGUGCCACCUGGAACGAACGGCCAGUGUGCAGCCUUGCGUGAGCUUGGCAGCGUGAGCCAUGGGGACGACUUUUAGCGCGACGCCACCACAGCGGGAGCUUGUUGUCUCUCUCUUCACAUCCAAGGUAAAUAAGAAAAUGACCAAAACAUGAAACAAAAGAAAAAUCAUGAAAGCACUGACCUCUCUUCUCCCCACUUGCCACCCUUCCUUUGACUGUGCCUUGACCAAACACUCCUCCCCGUCUUCCCCUCCGCCAUCACCACAUCCCGUUCUCCCCGGUCCGUAACCCCUCCUCUGCUGCGUUGGCAGUGCUGUGCCUGGAGCCUCGGGGUCACCUCGCUGGAGGUGACGGGCAGGGUGGGGCAGGGUUACCACCCCUCCACGGGACUGGCCCUGUCGUGCAUCAGCGUACCAAGCUACAGAUGGUUCCCAGUCUGUCAAGCUGCUGAAUGAGCUUGUGAGUGAAGGGUGUGAUGUGUCUUGGUGUGCACGAGACGGAAAACGAGGGCGUCCUUUUUUUUGGGUGGCAUUUCACCGAGUAGUGAGGCUUGGCAUAUGCGGACACACCCCCACCUUUCCCCUGCCCGUUGGUCGACUCCCGUCCACCGCCGUAUUCGCCGCCCUCAACCCCCCUCACCCUUCCUCCCCUCCCUCUCCCUGCUCAACCUUCCUCUCCCUUUGCGCCUCUUCUCUCCGCCGUCCACACAUAUAUAUAUAUAUAUACACACACACAACGCUUUAUCCGCCGCCCGACCGCCGCCGCCACUUUGGAUCUGGGUUUGUGGCUCUGGCUCGGACUAAGCUUCCCAGAACCACCCACCCACCUGACCCAAACACCCCAUCAUCCUUUGUUACCAUAGAGGCCUGGGCAUGCAAAUGGUCCGCGUAUGUGUGGUCGCCCGCCUCUGAACGCGGUAACAUGUCGCAGAGAGACUUCAGUGUUGGACGAUUCGUUUUACUGAAACUGUGGAGGAGUGGGCUUGCAUCACAUGGCUGUGGAAGGGAUUUCAACUCGAGUUUCCCAAAAGAUUCAGCUCCUUCUUAAAAGUGAACCAAUCUCAAACUAAAGAGGUUGACAGUUUACUUACCUUUUGGAUCCCUCACAGCAUGUGUGCCGAUCAGAGAUGUCCUAUAAGAUGGGGCCUGUGAGUCAUAAGGCCGUUCAGACCUGCAGAUUCUCUUCAAUCUCAGGAUUCCUAUAGGACACUUCUGAUGCAGCAGCUGCAUUUCUCUAAUACGGGGAUCAGCAGGAUUGGCUGGCAGUGUGCUCUGAAUGACUUUUGUGUGUUCUUACCGUUAAGACUUUCCAUUUGCUGAGUUGAAGAGCUUAAUUGCUACCCAGAGUCCUUCACUCGCUGGCUUUCUCUAUCUUAUAUGAGCUGUCUGGCGUUUGCUCUGACUGCUGCAGGAUGGAAGUGGCCUGUCUCUUUCUACAUAAAAGAAAAAUGGAGAUAGGGAUGAACAAGUAGUUGAUAAUGAGGUGAGUUGGUGGUUGAAUGAUCCUUUGUACGAAGCUAGUCCCUAACCGUACCUUCCUGAUCGUGGAGGUCAUUACUGUCAUUUUGAUAACGAGUCUUUCAAUUCAUUUGUCUAAUAAAACUGAUUUCAGUUCAUGAAUAUAUCAUCUUGUGUAUUUUAAAAGCUGCACAUCAUAUGUAUUGGAGAUAAAAGACAAACUGAUAUCCUGACUGCCAUAAUUUGCACCCUGUCAGAAAACUAGGGCCAGUUCUGUUAUAUUCCACUUAUAAAAGUAUUACUGCCUUCUUUCCCAGCCUCCAUGAUCAGGGCAGACUGAGGCCUGUUUUUUUUUACUUUUUUUUUUUUUUUUUUAAACUUCCCCUCAUCCUCUUCACUCUACCAACUCCUCACUAGAGACUUAUUCUGGUGCUUGCGAGUUGUAGCUUCCCAUGCUCGGGUAAAUGCAGCCACGCAUCUCUAAAAAAACCCCGCUGCUAUGAAAUCACAGUCGCACGGUUUGGCCAGCCAAAGUCCGCUGCUGCCUCCCGUCUAACUCCACUCCCCCGCUGCCACGUCUGGCUUUAGCCGGAAAGCUCCCAACAUGCUUUUAUCGUUUUAAUGAUACCCCCGCCUGAGUUGCACCUGUUUUAUUGCAGAAAAUAUCAGAUGAGAUGUGCAAACAGGGAGAUGAAGCAUUUGCACAAAGUCCAAGCACAACCAGUACAGACCAUUUAGCCUUUUAGCUCUGCAGGCCAAAGUCUAGCAGGUUCUACCGAUGCGACUUUUCCAGCACAGAUUUGAAUCAGGCAUCAUUGAUCCUUUCAUUCCCUCUUUUAUUUUAUUUUUUUAUACUCCAAAAGUAGGGCUUUACCUCUGACAUUACCUCACCUUGGAGAAGGUGGAAAUGACAUGAUUUCCUGCAGAAUACAGCGCGUUUACACCUUGAUGCAGCUAAUGUUGAAAGCACGGACGUUUUUCCGUGGUCUACUUCGUUAUCAAAACUCGUUUAGUGACAUUAUGUUUACAGUCGGUUUAAUCAAAGGUUUCAAGUCUUUCUCAGCUCAGUCGUAGCACAGAAAUGUAACCACAGUAGCUAAGCCCAAGUAGGUUAAUGGACCAAGCUUAGUGUAGUUACACCAAAUGCUUGAUUAAUUAUAUUAUAAAUCAUUCUAAUUUCCAAAGAUGUAAAGGGUGAAUAAGUAAUGUGUUAUCUCUAGAGGGGAAUCUGAAUCUGCUUAUUUUAAAGGGUUCCAGCAUGAAGCUGAAUGUGAGUGAAUUUAUAUUGCUGAUCAGACUUUAUUUUUUCUCUACAUGUUUACUGUGAAUAGCUAAUUUUAACCUGUAUUUCCAAACAUGUUGAGGCAUUUUUAAGUCUGCAUGCAAAUCAUGAAUAAAGUUUUCUUUUUCUCAGA